AUGGAGGAGCUCGUUGCCUUGAUCGACGACACCCUCAUCCUGCACGGCCGCGUUGUCGAGACUCAGAUUUCGACCGAGAUCGACACCAACGAAGUCUUUGUGGCCUUGACCGAGGAUGCCCGGAGGAUCAGGCAUCGGAAGCUCAAUUCGGGCGACAUGACUGCCAAUUUGCAGAUCAACAUCCCCCAAGAUGGCUAUGGCCAGGGCUAUGGCUAUGGGAUGCAGAACAUGCAGAUGUACGGCAACCAGGGCUACGGCGGGCAAUGCUAUGGCAACAUGGGCGGCUGCUGCGGCAACAUGGGCGGUUGCUGCGGCAACAACUGUGGCUGCGGAUACAACAACAUGGGCGGAAAGAUGGACCGUGCCAUCGUCUUGGAGAUGGUGGCGUCCCUGGAGCGAGCGCGUGAAACACGGACCUUGACGGAGAGCUUUGUCGCUGAGUUCCGGAAGACUGAAAAGGAGCGCGAAGACGCCAGUCAUUGGGAUCGGCUCUACUUGUCCUUCCACACGACCCGGGGGUUCUCCUUGCUGAUCGGCGGAACGUGCAGGUCAUGGCUGGUCAGCUGCGGUUGGGUGAAGGACGAUGCCAGCCCCAAGCGCCGCAGAGCUGAGGGCGAAGGGGCGACGCGUGGGGCGAUCAAGAAGAAGAACAAACUCAGCUCUGAUUCCUUUAACUGGGAAGCCUUCAAGCAGCUGCUCGGCGAGCACAAGGACCAGAUCGUUAAGGAGACGAGGGAGCAAGCCCAUGACAUGGUCAAAGCGCUGGACCGCAAGGUGGAGACCAAGCUCUCCGCGGUGGGGGACCAGAUGCAGGCAAUGAACGAGCGGCUCCGGGGAGUCGAGGAGAAGCUAACCCGCCUGGAGGACGGGCGGAGAGGGGGCACUUCAGGUGACAUGGAUGAGCGACGACGGAACACACUUGUGCUGGGAGGAUGGAACAUGGACACCCCCCGGGGAACGAUCUUGGCAGAAGUGGAAGAGGCCUUGGAGAAGCUAGGCUUGGCAAAGUUUACGGAUUCGCGGCCUUUUACGACAGGCCCAAGGCGCAGUGUGGCUUUGCUCAAUUUCGACUUGCGCCCUGGCGAAGCUGAUGCUGAUAGGCGUCGGCGGAUGCACGAGAUCGUUUCGGGGGUCGCAGAAGCCAAGCCCUUCACUUCGCACAAGAGAAGGCUAUGGGCGAGCUACUCAAAAAGCAAGACGGAACGGGAGAUUGCCUCACAUUGUUCGUGGCUCAAGAGGACGCUGGCAAGCUUUAACCGGGAGCUCCUCAACCACGUCGACGCGGAGUACGGGACAGGGACGGUGUGGCUUGGGGACUCGGUGGUUGCUAGUGCCACCAGAACGCUCCCGGAAAACACUUCGGAAGACGGGGUUCUUUGGGACGAUAACAAACCGGGGAGGAGACCGUGGAUCUGGAUCGAGGGCAUUGCCAAGUUCAGUGGGAUCACGGCGGUGGGAAUUCAAGAGGCGAGGGAGGCAUCAACGAAGAACGCUGAGGCUGAUCUGGCUAAUGCAUCGACACAUUUUGCCCGGGGCAAGGUGAACAAACCAUGCCGGCAGGGCCAGCUACCUUUGUUACAGGCGGCGACCUUUCCCUUUGUCAGUUGGAAUCUUGGGGGAGCAUCGGUUACUGACUACCCCAGGGUUGUGACGGAUGUCAUGAAGAAGUUGCCAUCGAACGCCUUGCUGUCCUUUCAGGAAAUUCCCAGGGAUCUGUCUGGCUGGCACACCACGUAUCAUGGCAGCUGGACACUCAUCCAGCACAGGGGAGAUGAGGUCUGGCGUGGCACAGGGAUCGCAUACAACACAGCGGCAUGGAAAGUCAUGCGGAAAAAAGCAACGCCGAGAGGGAUUUGGCUGAGGCUGCGAAGCACAGAAGGGUCUGAGGUUUGGAUAGGUCUACCACCGACUACCAUUCCGGUGCUCUUCUCCUGCGACCUCAAUGCUGAGCUCGCUUGGGGAUAUGACGAGGUUAGCCGUAGGGGGCUCCUUGCGAUCCCACCACCGCCCCAUGACUUCGGCACGCCGACGAGCAGGAAGCGAGCACGACGUCACUGGGAGCAGGACAGGCUGGACAAGGCAACAGCGGGGGACUGGGGAUUGAUCCGGCAACUGCGCCCUACUAAGAACCAGGGAUGGGACAUCAGCUUUGCGGAGGCACAAGAUGGCAGAGACCCGCAUGAGGCAAUUCAUGCACACCUGCAGGGGAUUUACACAACAGGGUUAGUCCUCCCACCUGCGACCCCAUGGGAAGGCGGGAUUGAGCCCUUUACGGCUGACGAGCUCACCUGGGCACUCGGCAAAGGGAGAUUCAACAAGGCCGUGGGGGUGGAUGGUACUAGUCACGAACUGCUACAAGGGUUGACUCAACUGCCUGGAGGGUUCAACGCGCUACUCGACUUCUACAACGAGGUUUAUGCGACUGCAGCUAUCCCCAGUGACUGGAAUGCGGCCCUAAUGAUUGUUAUCCCCAAGGAGGUCAUGGGUAUCCAGUUUCGUGUGGGGGCUUCUUGCUCGGAACUUAUAGCUCCGCUCAUUGCCAGAGGUCGAGUAAAGCUAUUGGACAAGAUUGUUGGUGGGACGUCCUUGUGGCAUUAUCCGAAGCUCUCCAACCUCGAGAGGGACAUGGAUCAGGAGAAUGCCCUGGCCGACCCGCCUUACGUGAUUCACCGGAUGAACGCCGAGAUGUUUGACUACGAGGACUCGCCGGAGUCACACCCCGAGGACGAAAAGACAACCCUUAUGCAGCAAGUGCCCCUACAAGAUUGGUACCUCCUACUUGCAGAUCUGCAACGUGGCCUGGAGGCACUCCCCAAAGCCGAGCGCGCUGUAGCUAUCCUGCAGCUGCUGAGGUGGCUGGACUACACUGCCACCAACAAACGGCAAGGAUAUAUGCUUGGGCAUAUGCAAGGUAAGCCGGGGGACGCCACAGCCCUGCUGGUGGCGGCGCUGGAGGACACGGGCAUCCAACCGGAGGGUGAGGCCCACCAAUGGUGCUCGCCGUGGGUGCUGGAGAUGAGAGUGAGACUUCGAGCGCACAUACCACGGCAUGCAGGGUCGGAUGACAGUUGGGGGGAGCCAAUGCAGAUGGGCAUGCCGUGCAUUAUGCUGUUCAACAAGCCCCUGCCCUCGAACACACCGCCAACCACGCCAGACGCCGAACAAGCUGCCAUUGAGGUGCCGAGCGACGGAGAGACCAAGAAAAACAAGAGAAGAUGCAUCCUGGUGGAGCUCAGUUCGGGCUCCUCGGAUUUACCUAGGGUUGCCAGGCAGAUCAGGGUCCCACUGCACGAGGGACGUGCGGAGCUACAUAUGGCAAUGCAGGUUGAGGAUGACGUGGAUAGCGAGGCCAGCACCAAGCCGGUUGAGGGACCGGCUACUGCACCGCUGGGAGGCAGCACCGGCACGACCAGUUUCUGUCUACCGGAGCCAGCACCAGGCACGUUGGCAGAGGCCGGUUUGUCCAUGACCGACCUCCUCAGCCUGUGGGGAAGAUGGAGAACUGGGAGCAUGGGGGUGAACGAUGUGAAGCGAAUCCAUGGCCAAGUUGCGGCGGAGUUUGUGCAAGAACAAUGGGUCAACCUGCCGGCAGAGGCCCUGGAGCUCCCCUCCAUCUACCCGGACCACCCCUUGAACGACCUGAUGAUGCUUCCGAAUCACCCCGAAGUGACGGACAACGAUCAUGCCCUGGAGGCUGAGGGCUCCGCGGUGGUUACGGCGGACACAGAGGUGGAAGUGCUGGAGAACCAAGGGACAACACCGGCGGCUGGAGACACGGGCCCUUUCAUGGAGCAGUCUCAUACUGAGGAGGAAACGGUUCUCUUUGCGCUCUUCCUCCGUCUGCUGCCGAUGGUGCCAAAGGUAACGGCACCAGAAAGCCCUGUGGUUUGCGAGCCAUCGCCGCUUCAACUGGCGAGGGACUGGGUGGCAUGGCUGCGCCGAGCGGGAGUCUCAAACCUGCUGCUGACCACCGCGCUUCUGGCUCAAGCAGAGCGGAGACGAAGUCUGGACUACAUCCAGGACUGGGAGACCAUCCUCAUGGAGUUGCACCUGACGCCGGAGGCGGACAUGGACAGGGUCGCGGAAGUACCAGAACAGGAGGUCAUGAAUGCCAGGGCCCAAGCUACGAUGUCGCUGGAGGACCGAGGGAGGUGGGCGAAUCGAGCGAGCAGACGCGACUUCAACCUCGACCUCUCUGAUGGCUUGACGGUGGGACAAGACGGUGCUGAAGCACAUCACCCAACGACCGCCCGGACCAGCCAGGACGGCGAAGACGCCUUCUCUUUGAUGGAAAGAACGCGCCGCAGAAUGUCAAGCAGAGACCGGGAGGAGAGUGAAGAAGACCGACCGAGGAGGCCAAGGGAGGGAAGACCGAACACCCGCGGCUCGGGGUCAGGGUUGGACAGGUCACGGACCACGAGAGGGGAGAGGUGCACCACGGAAGUGCGCAGAUUGGAGCCGAGGCGACCGACACCGAGACCCAGGCCGACCCCGACGCGAGCAACAGUGCCUACUAUGUCGUUGGAUGCCGCCACGGCCCAGUGGCUGCAUUUUCUCGGCUUGCGCCGGGGCCCGGAUUCCCAGUCCCUGCAGCCGGCACUCCCGAACACGGCGGAGCAGCUCCAGUGGAUUGAUGGGCUCCACGAGCAGGACAUGCCGACUGUUAUGGGAGGUCUGCUGCGGGUGCUAGCCAUGCUAAUGGUGGAGUGCAGUCAGCUUUUGAUGACGAGGCAGGCCAGCUUCAUGGUUGCGGUCCCGGUCGAUGAUGAAGAGGAUGACGACGUGCUCUACAUGCAGCAGUCCCAACUCUGGAAACGACGCAAGCCGGACGAGCCAACGGACGCGCAGCUGCAGGAGGAACACUAUGAGGCGGCAGUGAACAGGCGACAGCAAGCGGAGCGUGACCGCCAACAGGAGGACCACGAAAGAGAGGAAGAAGCCUGGAACGUGCAAGAGGAAGCCCACGCUGCUCAACUAUGGCAAGAGCUGCAGGCGAGUAACUAUCGAGACUGGGAACAGUGGGAGGUACUGAACCAGCCGGCAGCAGCACCGAGGAGGCAGCGAAUCCGGCUCACGGCCACAUCUGGAGCAGGAGUGCAAGCACCCGGGUCGUCGACAGAUGUGGGGGUGGUGGAAGCGGCUGCAGAGUGCGUAGUACCCCGACUACGUGGAGGGAGAUUGGUGCUCAGGAUCGAGAUGGAGGAGGUUGGACUGCCAAGGCUGCCGGAGACAAAUGAAGGAGAACCGACAGCUCCCGACGCGCAACAGACGGCCGACACCCAGCUCUCCGCGGAGUCGGGGCAUGAGGUACAGGCGACGGAGGAGCUGAUGGAGGCAAAGUAUCGUGCAUGGUUGAAGGGGGAGAUCAAAGAUGCGGAGGUGCUCGUGCUUCUGGGUCAGGAUGCUUUGACCAGCUUUCUGGCGCAAUGGAUGGUGGACAACGAUGGGGACGCAAUGGAGGAGGACAGCCAACAAGAAACCUUGGGGAUGCAAGAAAGGGAUCGACGGGGGCAAGGGCGCUAUGGGAACGAAAUGGAGGAGGACAACCACCAAGGAACCCUAGGGAUGCAAGAAAGGGAUCGACAGGGGCAAGGGCGCUAUGAGAAGUGA